UAAAUUUUUAAUUUUCCAAAGAAGUUGAUAUAGAGCCAAUAAUUUCUUUAUACUCUGGCAAUCAUGUCUGGCGGAAUGCAAGGAAUUCGCAAGCUGGCCGACAAGCUCUUCACAGCCAGCGAAAUUAGACGUUUUCAGGCGUACAAGAAUCGUUUCAGUGAGAAGUAUCUGACCCUUGAGGGCCUAAAGUCCACCUUCAAGAGACCAGAUUUGGAAAAACUAUUCAAUCGCCGCGUGUUUUCAUCAAACAAAGAAGAGUGCCGCGAAGAGCCAGAAGUUAAGGAAUGUGACCCCAGCUGGGAUGAGCUGUAUCCUCCCGGUCCGCCAUACAAGCCUCGUGACACACACUACUGGUAUCCAGAUCCCGAGUUCAUGAAUAAGCAACAAUACAUUGUCUGGUAUCCCGAGGGCGACGAGUGGAAGAAGCGCCCCAAUUUUACGGGAAAAAAGGUUCCACCCGUCGAUCGUAGUUUUCGCACCAAGCUCAUCAACUUUGGACCCGCCCAUCCGGCGGCACACGGAGUACUCCGCAUGAUCCUCGAGCUGGACAAUGAAACGGUACUGAAUGCCGAUCCCCACAUUGGACUACUGCAUCGCGGAACCGAGAAACUGAUCGAGUACAAGACGUAUACUCAGGCACUGCCCUAUUUCGAUCGGCUGGACUAUGUUUCCUGCAUGGCCAAUGAGUUGGCCUACUGCUUGGCGGUGGAGAAGUUGCUGAAUGUGGAGGUUCCACGCAGGGCCAAGUUCAUACGCACCAUGUUUUCCGAGAUAAUGAGGCUCACGAAUCACACGAUGGCCAUAGGUUCCUCGGUGCUCGAUUGCGGAGCUAUAACGCCACUCUUCUGGCUGUUCGAGGAACGUGAGAAGCUGUAUGAGUUUUCGGAACGAGCUUCGGGAGCUCGUCUCCAUGCCGCCUACAUUCGGCCGGGGGGCGUGGCCAGUGAUAUACCUCUGGGCUUUCUGCACGAUCUCUACCAGUUCAUCAACCAGUUCAACGACCGCUUGGAUGAGGUGGAGGACGUCGUGACCGACAAUCGCAUCUGGCGUAUGCGUAAUAUUGGCAUUGGCGUCAUAUCCGCACACGAUGCCUUGAACUAUGGAUGCACUGGACCCGUUCUGCGGGCCACUGGCGUAAAGUGGGAUUUGCGCAAGCAGCAGCCAUAUGAUGCCUAUGAUGAGAUGGAUUUCGAUGUGGUCGUGGGAUCGAAUGGAGACUGCUAUGAUCGCUACUUGGUGCGCAUGCGUGAAAUGCGCGAAUCGGUGAAUAUCAUCAAGCAGUGCAUCGACCGCAUGCCACCGGGUGAGAUCAAGGUGGAUGAUCUGAAGAUCUGCCCCCCGCAGCGAAGCAGAAUGAAGGAGGGCAUGGAGGAUCUGAUCCAUCAUUUCAAGCACUUCUCACAGGGAUUCCGUGUGCCUCCGGGACAAACUUACAGUGCCGUGGAAUCGCCCAAAGGCGAAUUUGGAGCCUUCCUCAUCUCCGAUGGCUCAUCGCGUCCCUAUCGCUGCAAGAUUCGUCCAGCUUCCUAUGCCCAUCUAGCCCUCAUGGCCAAAAUGGCACCAGCCCACCUUUUGGCCGAUGUUGUGGCCAUUAUUGGAUCACUGGACAUCGUUUUUGGCGAAAUCGACCGUUAGUCAGGGUUUUGAAAUUUCCAUUACUUUUAUUAUAGACCCUUUAUGUGUGUGAACCAAAGCCCAAAACCCAAAUAAAACGGAAAGCUAUUUAA